GGAUUAGAGCGAGCCAUCGGGAGCAGCGCAGCACAGAUUCCACUCCCACAGCAUCCUCAGCCACCGCUAAAGCCAGAGCUGCACGCGCUCCCCCAGCAUGGCCUGAUCGCAAAGGGAGUCUGGCUGCUGAAAAAUAUGGGGAACCAGGAGGCCAAGCAGAAGAAGGCAGUCGCCACAGGGGCAGAGGGGACAGGCAACGGGGUCAGGGUUGAGGACGGGGAGCAGGAUGGAUCCAGGAAGGGAGGCUUCCACAGCAAGAAGUCCCAGAGCAAAUCCAGCAAACUGGGAGAGUCCGCCAAGAAGAAACCCAAAGCGGAGUCCACGAAGACCUCAGUCUUCUCCAACCUGAAGAAAGGUCUGUCUCGGGCGAAAGGGGCUUCCAGGGAGAGCAUCCUGGAUGGUGGAGCCUCCCAGGCGUCUCUUCUUGACGGCUCGGGGAUUAAAGCUGCUGACACUAGUCUCUCUGGUGAUGAGCUGGGGGGGCUGACCGACAGUGAGCCUGAGCAUGGACAGCCGACGCUGGGGCAGUCGACUGUGGAGGUUGAGGAGGACAAGACCUCGGGGUCGGGAUCCGACACGGACAUAUACAGCUUCCACUCGGCCACUGACCAUCAGGACCUCCUUGCGGACAUCCAGCUGGCCAUACGUGAACAGCAUGGCGACAGCAUCCCCGACGACCCGCUCAAGGACGUGGGGAAGAGCAUUACAAACCUGCCCCGAGACCCCACAAUCCCAGAUGCCCUUUGUGACCUUCCUUUUGAUUUGGAGCCUGGAGGUGAAGAGGGUUUGGCAGAUGGAGAUGAGGCCAGGGUGGAGGGGAGGAGGGAUGACACUGAAACAGAAUUAAACGCAAGUGAGAGCACUGCAGCUCAGCAGACAGAGGAGCUGGAUCAGCUCAGAGAAAGCGUCCAAGUGUCUUUGUCUGAAGUUCCCCAGCUGACCAUCACCAAGACACCCAGCACUCACAGUUUCCCCGACACCAAUACAACCACCAACACAACAACUAACACAUCCUACGAGAGCGCUGAUGAGCCGCCGGACGAGGAAACAGGAGACUUCACCGCUUCCUUUGAGAAGGUCCUGGACAGUCAUCAUGAUCUCUCCAUGGUCUUACCUGUUGGCCUGGAGUCUGUUUUGGAACUGCCUGACCCCAGGGUGAAGGUGACUAGAGUCUCAAUCGGCUCACCUAAGAGUAUGAGCAGCAUGGAUCUAAAUGUGUUGAAAGAUGAGAGUGAGGAGGGCGGUGUGAGUGCUGAGGAACUGGGGUUCCUCUCUCCACAGCGGAGGACCAGCAGCAGCAUCACCUUCACACAAUGGGCCUCUGAGAGUCCGCAGGGAUCUCGGGCUCGCCGGGCCUCCCCUGCCAACCCCAUCGUCAAGCCUUACCCCACAAUCCAUCCAGCGUACGUGAAGACUACCACCAGACAGCUGACCUCGCCCACGCACUCUCCAGUGGGCUCCCCUGUACCGAGCCCUCAAGUCCAUCGCAGAGACUGCUCCAGCUCCGGCUCCUGGAGCUCCCGAGCGGAAAGAUGGGGGGCCCAGAGGCAGAGGUCCAGCAGCGUUGCUGGACCCAUCAGCUACCCAUCAGACUGGGCUGGGCGGCUCGCGGGUCUGCGGUCUGGAUCAGAGGAUGGACCUGACCCAUCACAGGAGAAGGGCCCAGAACAGAAGCUUGGAGCCAGACGUACCUCCUCAUGUCUGCAGACAUACGGAGGGGGGUUUUCUCUGGAUGUCUUCUCUGGUCGUACUCUGCUGGAGCGUUGUUUGGCGGGGCAAGAGGUGCCGCCGGAGGAGGUCGAGACGCUGUGCUCUCGCUUCCUGGCCCUGGGGAUCCUCCAGCCUUUCAGCCACUGCUUCAGGGAGCAGCUCCAAGAAGGGGACAUGCCAGAUAUGCUCACCUUCAAUGAGGAGCAGCUGUACACCUGGUCUCCCAUCAGCCCACACCUCCAGCAGUGGGAGCAGCCCACGCGAGCCACGCUGGGAAGGAGACACACACAGCGCCCCCAGAGCAUCAGAGUGGAGCAGGAGGAAGGCGCGUCGGGAGCUGGAAGUGUCCAAGGCGGAGAUUCCGGCAUGAUCCAGCAGCUCGAGCGGACGAUACGGGAGUUACACGAUAAGAUUUCCUACUUGGAGAAGCAACAGGUGUCGCUGGAGAGGGGUAUUUGCAGCCAGGAGGGGGAGGGAGGGGAGGAUGUUACGGACUCGAGUGCGAAUGACUCACAGAAGCCAGGCAGCCCGACAGGGAGCAGCCAGCAGGCCAAGUCCAGCCAGACCUCACCAGUGGAGGGGGCGUUCCCUUUCCCAGUGCCUUUGUCAGACAGGAUUGCACCUCCCACUCAGCCAGGGUUCACCUGCACCUGUCAGACCUUACAGCAACCCCCUCCUCCUCCACCUCCUCCCCCUGGCACAGAUCCCUCUCUCUCUCUACCUCCACCAUCGUCUCUAUCAGGACUCUGCGCUGGGCCGCCUGCUCCUCCUCCUCCUCCUCCGCCGCCUCCUCUACCGGGAGCUGCAGCCGGUCCUCCUCCACCUCCCCCUCCACCACCUCCUCUCCCUGGACAAGCAGCGUGUCCUCCUCCCCCACCCCCUCCGCCUCUCCCGGGAGCAGGCCCUCCAGGACUUCCUCCGCCACCGCCUCCCCUCCCUGGCAUGGGCCCUCCUCCUCCUCCUCCACCACCGCCGCCUCCUCCUGGUAUGGGGGGACCCCCGCCACCCCCUCCUCCACCAGGCAUGGGUCCACCACCACCGCCUCCAGGCCCUGGCUGCCCACCCCCUCCGUUCCCCCCAGGAGGCUUUGGCAUGGCCCUGGCCCAGGAGGCCGCCCCCCUGAAGGCCGUCAUCGAGCCCCCCAGGCCCAUGAAGCCACUCUACUGGACCAGGAUCCAGCUCCAUGCUAAAAAGAACGCUAAUGGUGCUCUUGUGUGGGAGAAGAUUGAAGAGCCAUCUGUGGACUUUGAUGAGUUUGUCGAACUUUUCUCUAAGAGUGCCAUGAAGGAAAAGAAGAAGCCCAUAUCAGAUACCAUCACCAAGUCCAAGGCUAAACAGGUUGUGAAAAUCCUGAGUAACAAGCGUUCCCAGGCAGUUGGGAUCCUGAUGUCCAGCCUGCACUUGGAUAUGAAGGACAUUCAAAAUGCUAUUCUCAACAUGGACAACACGGUGGUGGAUCUUGAGACCCUGCAAGCUCUCUAUGAAAAUAGAGCCCAGCAGGACGAGAUGGACAAGAUAGAGAAGCACAUGAAGUCAGUCAAAGAUAAGGAUGACCCAAAGCCACUGGACAAACCUGAGCAGUUCCUGCUUCAGAUUUCCCAAAUCCCCAAUUUCUCAGGGAGGGUGUUCUGCAUCCUGUUCCAUUCCACAUUCAUAGAGUGCAUCGGCUCUGUCCGCAGGAAGGUGGAGAUCCUGCAGAGGGUCUGUAAGACUCUGCAGACAGGGACAAGCGUCAUGCAGGUGCUCGGCCUAAUCUUGGCCUUUGGCAACUUCAUGAACGGCGGGAACCGAAGUCGAGGGCAGGCGGACGGCUUCGCCCUGGACAUUCUGCCCAAACUGAAGGAUGUGAAGAGCAGUGACAACACACAGAGCCUCCUGUCAUACAUUGUUGCUUACUAUCUCAGGCACUUUGAUGAGGACGCUGGCAAAGAGACGUGCGUAUACCCACUUCCAGAGCCACAGGACCUUUUCCAGGCCUCUCAGAUGAAGUUUGAGGACUUUCAGAGAGACUUGCGCAAGUUAAGAAAGGAUUUGAAUGCGUGCGAGACGGAGCGGGAUAAAGUGUGUAAGGUGUCCUCCGAGGAACACCUGCAACCUUUUAAGGACAAGAUGGAGGAAUUUCUGACUCAGGCUAAAAGUGACUUGGAGGCCCAGGAAUCGCAGCUUGCCGUGACGCAUAAAAUUUUCCUGGAGCUGGGCAUGUUUUUCUCUGUCAAGCCGAAGGCCGGAGAGAAAGAGGUCUCCCCCAGCACACUCUUCUCCGUGUGGCACGAGUUCUCCAGCGACUUCAAGGACCUGUGGAAGAGGGAGAACAAGCUUCUUCUGAAGGACAGAUUGAAAGUGGCAGAGGAGUGUUUCAAGCAAGCGCGAGAGAAAGCCUCCUACAGUGUCAAACCUAAACAUGCCUCUGGGAUGAAAGCCAAAAUCGGACAGAAGACUUAACAGACUCCGACAAGGACAGCUUCAGCUAUUUUUUUUUAAUGAAAAAGACAUGGUGGUGACAUCUGCCGCAGGCAGUGUGCAAAAAAAAAAAUGGAAGUGUAGCCAUUACCCCCUCCAUGAUAACCAGCACUUUUGUUUUUCUCUCUGUUCAACUCCUCAUGUUGUAAUCAAAGAGUAUUUUCCUUCAGGCUCAGCAAGGAUUUAUAUUUCUAAGCCCCUCUGUUAUACACUGUUACACAGACAUGAUUCAUUCGUCAGUGGCCCCACGAGUCCAUUCAAGGCAAGACAAUCUCUCCCAGUCCCAAAUUAAUGUAGCCAAGUGGGAUUUGUGCCCCCCCAAAGCUUAGCGGGCCUUUAGAAGGAGACGUAGCAGGUGAGACACUCCCAUUCAUCUUCAUGGAAAAGCUGGAAGUGCCUUAAUUCAAGCACACUCUUUUCUGUUCUGCCCAGCGCCAUCCCCACCACUGCCAGGUGCCGCCUGACGUUCCUGGGCAGAACAGAGGACCCAAGUACCCAGUGAGUCCUUCGCUCAAAGGAUCAUAUCUUACUACUGACCUAACUGCCUCCCCAACCAUAGAAAUCAUUGGAGUUGUUGAAUAGUUUAUUCAAAGCCAAAGUGCUUCCCUGUGUGUGUGUGUGUGUGUGUGUGUGUGUGUGUGAGUGAGAGAGAGAGAGAAACUAGUGGAUUGUGUAACAGAUCCAGCUUUGUGUGAAUAAAAUAAAUAUGCUCUGGGGAUGCCAAGCAUGAAGACCUUUAUAUAACGAUCUCUUCCAAUAGUAGAGUGACUCAUUAUAAGCCAUGAACAUUCCGUGCAGCAUCACACCUCUCUCAGUCCUGCCUCCAACUCAGACCUGGUUUGUUGUUCAUCUGCCACCUGUUAAACCAGUGACCAGUUAAACCCCAUUGUGCAAUAAUGUUUGAAUUAACUGUUUAUUUUGAAUAAAUUCCUCAUAAUGUUGUCUUCA